CCGUAAUCGUGGAAUAUUACAUUUUGUCUGAUAAUUGAUAAUAUCAAAUAAUAUAUUGUUCUAUGAUAAUAUCGUAGUUUGGUCCACGGAUUUUUACGGUAUCGUGCAUCACGAAUUAAGUUAUUACAAAGUUGGCUUUGUCUCUCAAGCCAAAAGUAAAAUAGCCACUGCGAUGUUUAAAUUGUUUUCAUCAGUCACCGUGCAACCGAGUGUAUUGGUCGCAUCAAGGAGUAUAUCAACAUGUGGAGGACCAUUACUCUUCCGUUCAUCUGUACCCAUGUUUGCUGAGCCAUUGAAAAAAAAGAAACGUUUGGAUCCACAGAUAUUAAAAGCCAGAGAAGAUAGAAAACGUAAAAAGAUAGAAAAAUCCAUUAGAAAAUUGGAGAAGGUAUCCAAAACAUUAAAGCCUAUUGAUGAGGUACAACUAAUGGCUUCAUUAUCCAAUGAACUUGACAGUCGUCAAAGACCAAUUGUAGUGCAUAGUAAUGAUAAGCUCGAGGAACGGAUAAUUGCUGCAAAGGCAUGGUCAAUGCAUAAGCAUAAUGAACACUUUUUCAAUCUUCAAGUUAUCAACGACCUAGAGUAUUCACAGCAACGUGCAUUGAAUGAGUUACGUGAAGUUUCUGAAGAUUUGUAUCUAGCUGCCGUUGACAUUGAUGAAUCCUUAUUGACAUGUCAACUAACUGGACCAGUAGAAACUCCUCCAAUUGAAAACUACCAAAGUCCUGAUGGAGAAUAUAUUGAUAUUUCAAAAAAAUGGGACUAAAAUAAAUGUAGCUUGUCUUUAAAAUUAUGCAUGAAAGAUUUAAAUACAUGAAUAAAUUAUUAGAUUUUGUAACA